CCACUCACCGUUUUACAGUUCACAUCUUCUGCAUUUUGCAAACAUCUUCCAUAGUUGAAUCUCUACACUGCGGUGUAAUUCUUAUUAGUUAGUGAUCAUGGCUUCAAACAGAUCUUAUUACUUAGUGUUGUUGGUUAUAGCAGUGGCGGUUAUGCUGGCCAACUUCUGCAGCGGUUCUGGGGUUGGCCACAUGCCCUCGACGGAGGAGGAAGGCCGAGACUUUGAGGAGUUUACAGACCAGACAGGGAGAGCGAAAGUGGUGGUGGAUGAGAAAGGUGGUAAAGAAGGUUCAGAGUCUUGGACAGAAUGGGCCAAGGAGAAAAUUGGGUUGAAGAGCGAUGAGCAUGAGGGUGAUAGUACCACCAAGAAAGCUUCUGAUGCUGCGUAUGAUACCACUAAGAAGACCAAGGACACCGCCUCUGGAGCUGGUCAAUACUCGACGGAGAAAGACAACGAGGGGGCAGAGAAGGCGAAAGGGAUGAAAGACAUGGCUGUUGAUAAAGCCGGUAAAAUGGUAGGCGCAGUGAAGGAGAAGGCAGGUAAGACAUACGAGUAUGCGACAGACAAGGCUUAUGAUAUCACGAAUGUGGCGAAAGAGAAAACCUAUGAAGCGGAAAAUGCUGCAAAAGAGAAGGCAUAUGAUGCUGGAAGGACGGUGAAGGACAAGACUUUUGAGACAACAAAUGCCGCUAAAGAAAAGGCAGCUAAGGAUGCCGAGAAGACUGAUGAGGCGAAGGAGAAAGCGAAGCAAGAGGCAGAGGAGUUGAAAGACAAGGCCUAUGAGACCACAAAGGGGGCAAAGGACAAGACUUAUAAGUCCACCGAUGCAGCCAAAGACAAGGCAUAUGAGGCAGCUAAGGCCGCAAAAGACAAGACUUACGAGACGACAAAUGCAGCUAAAGAUGAUAAGGCGGCCAGGGCUGGAGAGACGGCUAGUGAGGCAAAGGAAAGAGCUGAGCAAGAGGCGGGGAAGUUGAAGGACGAGACUUAUGAGACCACUUACCAAACCGGAAAUGUAGCAAAAGACAAGGCCUCGAAGGCUACAGAGAAGGUAAAAAAGACACACUCUGGUGGAGGACGUGAUGAGGAGCUUUGAGCUGUUCAUGUUAUAGCUAUUUCACACUUUUGUUAUUAGUCGGAUACCUGAUUUUACAAGUUUGCUCCUGCUGUAUAGCACUGUAGUUGGCUUGUGUUUCUAUGUACUGCGUUUAGUGUUUGUAUGAUCACAAUGUGUUUUGAUUUAACAGUUAUGAUUUUG